AUGUCCUCCCUGGCAGUAGCAACCGGUGAUAAUCUGACAAAACAGUUUGAGGACAAUCUCAAGAAGCUGAGUGCCGAUGAAGAGCAGGAGGUUAAGAAGUUCAUGGCGGAGCACCCAGAGAAGACUGCCCAACUGACCAUCGCGGAUUCUGACAACACAGCGACCGAGUCAAUCAGCUUCCUCACAGUCUCAUCAUAUGUCCUCAACACUGCUGCUGGACACUCUCUACAGUCCUGCUGGAUUCUGGAUUCAGGCGCCAACACGCACAUCACCAAUCGGCGUGACCACUUCGAAUCUUAUGAGAGAGACCGACGAAAGGUGACCCUUGGAGCGGGCAAAUCAAUUGCCGAGGGCCGGUACGGAUUGUAUCUGCUGGAUGAAGUAGAAGCACCCUUCAACUUUGCCGCUGUCAAAACCUCUCCUCGACCUGGGGUCUCGAUUGCUACUCCGAAGACCUGGCACCGACGAGUUGGUCACCUGUACGAAAUCUGGCGUUUGGCUUUGGUCGUUUGA